GCCAUUUCCACCCAUCCACACCCAGUCCAGCCAACCGAAUUUAAAUGAGGGAAAGAGAGCUGGAGUCGCAGAAGUAGUUCAAGUUUUCAAGUUUUGUAUGCCACAACGGGAGACUGAGACUUUAUUUCCGCGUACAGCGAGGCGAAAUAAUCGCAGGGAGCCGUUUUCGGGGUCUGAGACAAGCGCAGAAAGAAAGGCCGACCACACAAAGCCCCAAUACCCGAGAUGCUCCAAACAAAUUAGCAUAAUUAAGGCGCCUGCCCAAUGGCUGAACAUUAGCAGAGAGGGAGAUAUAUCGAGAAAUACACGCACUUUUGUGCCGCGAUCAUCAACGCGAUCAAAUGCAAAUGAGGCGACAUCAGUCAGGCGGCCGAAAGCGAAAUGUGCAUCAUCAACACGAAAUCUUUGGCCUGGCAGUUGCAUAAUACGCAGAGCUAACCAAACACGACCCCAUUUCGGAAAUCGCAAAGCCCCGAUUGCCCGCCAACACGACGAAGGCAGACCCAGAGCUGGGCAUCAAGUAUACGCUACGUGGACCGCUGCCGCCGCAAUGGAUCUCAUGGAGCUGCUGCACCAGCUGUUCCUGCACAUACUCGACAUCUUUAGGAUCUACGUCAAGUUCGCACUGAUCACCCUGGUCAUAUACUUCCUGGCCGAGUGGUACAUCCUGCGCUACGGCGCCGAACUGGAGGCCGAACUGGACGCCCAUCUGGUGGAGGGCGCCGAGCUGAGGGAGGAGUCGCCCGAGCGACCCGAGUCGAACAGCACGCUGAGCAAGGUGUUCCGAUUCGUGGUGAACUUUUUCAUCCUAUAAAAAGCGACUCCGCUCGCCGCGACUGAACCCACCUGUCAAGGUCAAUCGCUCGGCUGAAUCGGCUUUGCUUUUUCGCGGAAUUGCAAUUCGAUUCAGCCAGCCGCGGCUCAAGGCUCCCGUCGAGAGAAUGUAAAAUCGAACCAGUUGCAUUUAACAGCAGAAAAACACAAAACAACAUGAUACCGCCAGCAAAAGCUGCACAAGUAAACACAAUCUUUGUAUGUAAUAAACAAUAACAAUAAGGAGCUGUAGAAACGA